UGCAGAGAUCGGGGCCAUUUUUUCGUUGUUCUUGCGAGAUUUUCGGAUCGUGCAUGAAUUUGUGCGCUUCCCGUCGUUGUGCUAGGCUUGCGGAUGCUGGUGGAUACGCGAUUAUCCGAUGCGAUGGAGGAGAAGAAGCUUGACCUUCCGGAGGGGCUAAUAUUGGUAAGCGAUGAUUCACAGGAGGAGCUGUCGGACGAGCAUGAGGAGGGAGAAAUUCCGGACGACGAGGACGAGAGUGACGAUGGCGUUGCGGGGCCGAAAAACACGGCGAAGCAACACCAGCUUGCACCAGUACGGAACGAGCUGCUGGAGGAUAUCAGCUCCGAGGAGGAGUCGACGAUCCGGCAACGGCUGGCCCAGCUGGUGGCCAUGGACAAAGAAAUCCGGAUGAUCAAGCAGAUGAGCGAGUACGGCUACUUAGGCCACAACAGGUUGCACGGGAAGGAGAACAUUUACUACGACCCGUACCACGAAGAGCAGCCAUCGAGUCGAAGGCGCAAAACCGUAAUCGAGAGCAAAUCAAGUAGCCGUCGCGAACCUCGACGUAGCAGCGCGGUGGUUCAGAAGCGGCAGACCGAAAAAUUGAAAGAGAAAUCCUCUAAGCACGACCGCAAGGUCAAUGGGCACAAACGUCAUAAAAGGCGGAAGUAUGAGUCUUCGUUAUCACCUUCCCCCGUGCGACGUUCGGCAUUGGUCGAAUCGUCUGAUUCCGAUUACGAGUUGGACUCGUACGCUCGGCAGCAUUUGGCCUGUUCGAUCGACAACGGGCGAAGGCGUAAGCUCAGCACAAAUGAGAACGCUUUGAAGAAGAAGCUUCGAUUGCAGCAACAGCAGCAACAGGAGAUGCCUAAAAAACGGAAAGGCGUGAUUAUCGACGAAGAACCGAUGGUGUUAUCAUCGACUAGCGAGAACGCCUCUCCGGAGCCACCAAUCGUCAUCGUUGGGGACGAUGACGACGACGAUGAGGAGGAAUUACAGUUACGUUUGCUGGCAUUGCAGACGAAACCGAUCGUAAAGGAUGGUCUCCUUGAUGAUUCCAUCGAUACGUAUCAGAUUCCGUCACCGCCACCGCCGCCCUCGAUGGGCGAGCUGGCUGAAGAUGAAGAUUCGGAUAAAGAAACGAGAAUUCCAUCCAGGGAACGGUUCGCUUCGGAAGAACGUGAACUACGUAUGAUAGCGCUCAAGUCCGCUUAUACGAAGAAACAUGAGGCACGAUUGCGCCGCAAAGUAAAGGACAGUGAACGGCCAUACUCACCGAGUGAUAAUAUCGUGUUAUCACCGGUCCAUGAACCCCCUCCGCCUUACGACGAGCUCGAUAAUGAUCUUUAUAGUGUCGAAGAUUCUGGUGAUGAGCGGAACCAAUUGAUCGAUCCCAAUGAUACCGACGAUAAUGGAAAUGAUAUGGAAAUCAGUCCCGUUCGCAGUCCUGUUUCUUGGCCGCUAAGGAUAGGCGAGCUCGAGGGGGAUUCCCAGCAUCCGAUCGACAUGGAACUGGCAAGCAGUGAGCAAAGCAGUGAACCAGCCUACAUGGAUGAUGAACCAGGACUCGGAACUGAUGGUUACGGCCAGCAACAACACCAGCAAAACUCUGAACUAAUCGAUCAAAGCCCACCGAUGACACCGGAUUCGAUGGGUGAGGCUGAGGAGGAGGCACUGCGGCUCCUGUUGCUCUCGAAAAUGCGUCAAAAGAAGGUCAUCACGAAAUCACCCCACUCAGUGGCUACCACGCAACCAUCGAUGGAAAAUUUGCGUGAAGUUCCCAUGGAUCUAGAAGGCGAAAGCAAUGCUGCAGCUCCCGUUGCUGAGCAAGAGCCGCUUUCGCCUACUUCGAAUGUGAAAAUCGAUUCUGCUUCCCAGACAACGAUCCAAAGUUCGAAUUUGAUUGUGCUCGUCGAUCAUAAAGUGCGCCGAGGGCGCAAGAAAUCCCUAAGCGCGGUCACUGCUAGCAGCAUCGCUAGUGCUACCAGUGUUCCAGCGACCCGUGCGAAGAACGUACCGCCUGUACCAACCGCGACGGUUGCAGUGCCUACCGUCGUACGGACACAGAAGCUGCUAAACAAUCGUAACAAGUUGAUCAACAUAAACCACACCAUAUCUUCCUCACCAACGCCUCCUGCUGCUGCUGCCGGUUUGGUGAUAACGCGCACAGAUUCACCGAAAGAGCUGGGCAGCAUUGAAACGUUCGUAUCGAAGCCCGUCUCGAAAAUGGUCAUCCAGCUCGGUCAUUCCGAUUCCGAUUCGGAUGUAGAUUUCGGUUCUCCAAAUGCGCGUAAGACAUCGGAGGCAUCAAGGACGACUUCCAAUACCACCUCACCGGAAUCAUCCGGCAACACUUCCAUACCGGGUGCACAGUUUGAGAUUCAGUUGGAUCGGUUUUUGCGUAGCGUUCGUAACAAAACGACCAGUGCUAAUGGCGCUUCCAGUGGGGCUUCAGUGGCAGACGGCAAAGUAAGAAAGCAUUCCGGAGCCAAUCUCGAAGGUGCCGCAGAUGGUAGAGCGAAACAGCAAACAGGGAAAAGCCAACCAGUAACGAUUCCGGCCACAGUAGCAUCGUCCACGGCCGUAAAACAUUUACCAAAAUCCGCUCAGAUGGAGUACACAAAACUGUUGGCGCGCAUGGCACAGCUCGAGGCACAAAAGCAGGCUCGCCACCGGCAGCUACAGAAAGCAAAGCCAUCGAAUGAGGCCAGAGCGAUUGAUGGGCUUCCAUCGAGCCUGGUAACACCCAAGCAAACGGACAAUCUUCCUAGGGAUGGAGUGUUGUCUUCCGGAAACACCGGGAGCGCGAUUGAUGAUCGCACGAAACAAAGUCCUACAGUAGCAUCAAGCCCAGGGAAGCGUAAGGUUGCUGGCGCUAUCGCCGUUACACAGGGGGCGCGACCAAUCGAAGAGAAUGGCAUAAUAGAGCAGGAUCCGGUACUACGGAAGCUCAAUCAGAUACGCCACCGUUUGCCGACACUUUCAGAUCAGGGUAAAACUCGAUUACUGUUAACCACCGAGAAACAUUUGGAAAAGCACAGUAACAUAUUCCUGCGACAGCUGGAGAAGCACAAUGCAACACUCAGUGCAGUGCAGGAAGAACGGCGUAAUCUGUAUCAGCUCGAGAACCGUAUAGACCUGUUACGUGAAAGGCUAGCGGUGCUGGAGCGUACACGGGACCAGAUGCGUGCACAAACGAUGGAGUCCUUCGGGAGUAUGCAGUCAUCGCACCGCAAGAUCGUGGCCGAUCGAAAGCGAUCGAUCGAGCUGCGUAAAGUGUGCAUUGAUAUUGGGCGAGUAAUACUCGACGAAUCGUAUCUGCCCCCUUCGACACCGAGUGAUGAUCUGCUGCAGGAACAGUGGCGCAUCUUGGUGAAGGAGACAAAGCAGCUAAAGGACAUACGCAAACCAACGAUGAAAGAGUACAAAGAGGAGCUGCUCGCUCGGAAUCGUGGGGCGCUCAUGAUCUCAGACCCGUGGCGUAGCAGUAACGGUAGUCGUUGUGGUGCUGAUGAUGAGAGCCGUGCUGAACCAACAGCUGAAAAGACUGAACCUACUCCUGAAACUUUACCUCCUGCUCCUACUCCUGCCGAAGUUACCAUAGCGCCAUGUGAUAAGCAGCUUGCACAGCCACAGGAAACACUUGGCAAGGCUUCCCCGAUGCACGAACCCAUCGAAGAGCCAACGGAACAAAUGGAACCGGUGCCGGUCGCUGAUACUCACGAGACCACGGUUACCACCAUCACCACCACAACCACCGAGACAACGACCAGUAACGAUCCGUCAAAUUCUGAUAGUAUAAGUUUAGCCAACGAACAACAAUCAGCAACAGACACCAAAGAGGAGAAGGUGAUCAUGGUACAAAAUGAGGCGACGAUGGAUCAAGAAAAAUUGAUCGCGGAAUCGAAGGAGUGCGAAAUGAAUGAGGAGAACGACGUGGCUUUUGCCGGGACAAUGAAUCAUCCUUUCACACAGUACAGCUCACCGCUGGUGUCCUUCAAACAGCAAGGACCCUUGAACAUCCGCAAUGGAAUCAUUUGCCCGUACGAGCUCGGUGGCCAGUGUGUAGAUCGGGACUGCAAGUACGAACACUUUGGUCAAUCGUGAAGGAGCGAAACGAAGCUCGCUCUCACAGCUAGAGAUGAUCCACCAGCACGUCUCCCCGCAGGAGAUCGGCAAUCUCUGGCAAAUAGGAGCGUGAAGCCCUUGAUGGCGUUUCGUUUUUUUUUCUUUUACUGAUUUUCCUUGUUCUAUUCCAAAGCCGAUACUGGAAGUUUUCGGUUGUGGAAAAAAGUCGCGCAUGAGUGUUGCCAUCGUAGCCUGCCAUGCAAACCCACAGUAGAAGGCCAUACUCACUCCUUCGUUCCUCGUACUACGGUGCGCGUUGAAUCGCGAACCUCGUGCGAUCGAAGCAGCUGAGAUUCAAGCGCGAUCGCAGCGUACCAGCAAGUGCAUAUCGUAUUAUAUUGGGUUUAGGUAAGUUUUAAAAUCGUCGCGCGUGUUCCUGCUCCGUCUUCGUAUCCGUCUUCGUCCAGCCGUCUCCGUUUCCGUGAGUCAAAAGUUCCGUCUACAAAGCGUACACUAAUCGUGCUACUCGUGCGCGCGGUGUUGUGUGCGCUCGCGCGCUAUGAAACCGUUGUGCCAUCCCGUGUCAUUAGGAGAGGCUCGUGUAAGUGAAUUUCUCGUUAAGAAACCCUCCGAAUGGUGGUCAGCCGAGGGAGCCGUGGAUAUGGCCCGUGAAGAUACCGUUUUAGUGCUAGAAUGCGACCUUCGAGAUAAGUUACGUUUGUAAGUUGUGUUGUUGAACAAUUUUACUGGUGACAAAAGAAGGAGAUGCUGCUGCUGCUGCUGCUACUGGCUAGUCUCGGGGAUGUGUUUCCUCGUCGUCGAAUGUCUAGCAGUUUCCAACUACAACUAGCCGCCUGUGCGCCGCCAUUGCCUGCCAUCGAACGCAUCGGUAACAGAGCAUCCGAUCUCUGUUCUGUUGAAUGAAUAGUAGUUACUCGUUCUAGCGAUGCAGGCUGAUCAAUUGUUUUUUUUUUUUAUUAAACAAUUGCAGUUUGUUCAAUACUCAUUUAAUUGUUUAAAAUGACUCUUGUUUUUGGCCCUCUUUGCUAUGGUAGCAAAAUCGCUCGAGUGUUUUAUCCGUGUUAUCACUUUUGUGGUCCUUUGCAGCGACAUUUUUGUUUCAGAUGUUUCUUGCAAGAUAGAACCAUCCCGUUUCUGUUAAUUGCUUAUUCUCUCGGGCCCCGGAUUACGUUAUGCGAGGGGAUAAGUACGCGGUUGGUGACCAAAAUGGUCGAACAAAUGUGAUACAAGUGACAAAAUAGAACAAAGCUUAAGCUAAGGAAUGUAUUUUUGAAGAAAGAUAACAAAAAGAAAAUGAAAAUCCAAGAUGUAUUACGAAAAGAGAUGAUAACACAGUAAAGAAGAGAUUGAAACUGAAGAAAUAAACCAGGAACAAAUAAA